CGAGUGCGCCGUACGUCAGAGGAGCUGCGUCCCCCUUCUCCUUCCCCUCGCGUUUAUAAUAAGACGCCGGUGCGCUGCUCCGGUGGCAACCUCGCCCUCGCGCCUCCCUUGUUGCUGUCUCAUUUCUGACCACCGACGGGGGAGAUGGCGUCGGAGCCGGUGGCGCGGGCCGUGGCGGAGGAGGUGGCGCGGUGGGGCGGGAUGAGGCAGACAGGUGUCAGCCUGCGCUACAUGAUGGAGUUCGGGGCGCGCCCCACGGAGCGCAACCUGCUGCUCUCCGCGCAGUUCCUGCACAAGGAGCUCCCCAUCCGCAUCGCCAGGCGCGCGCUCGACCUCGACUCCCUCCCCUUCGGCCUCUCCCAUAAGCCCGCCGUCCUCAAGGUGAGAGAUUGGUACUUGGAUUCGUUCCGUGACAUCCGGUACUUCCCGGAGGUGAGCAACCAGGACGAUGAGCUAGCAUUCACCCAGAUGAUCAAGAUGAUCAGGGUGCGUCACACAAAUGUGGUGCCCACCAUGGCAUUGGGUGUGCAGCAGCUGAAGAAGGACCUGGGUGGUACAAAGGCAUUCCCCUCUGGAAUUAAUGAGAUCCAUCAGUUCCUUGAUCGCUUCUACAUGUCAAGAAUUGGGAUCCGCAUGCUGAUAGGGCAGCAUGUUGCUUUGCAUGAUCCUGAUCCAGAGCCUGGCGUCAUAGGGCUCAUAAACACAAGAUUGUCCCCCAUGCUGGUGGCUCGACUUGCUAGUGAAGAUGCACGCGCUAUUUGCAUGCGAGAAUAUGGAUCAGCUCCUGAUGUCAACAUAUAUGGGCACCCAGAUUUUACGUUUCCAUAUGUGACAAUACAUCUACAUCUUAUGAUGUUUGAAUUGGUGAAGAAUUCUCUUCGUGCAGUACAAGAACGAUUUAUGAACUCUGAUAAACAUGCACCUCCUGUUAGGAUCAUAGUUGCUGAUGGAGCAGAGGAUGUAACUAUCAAGAUUAGUGAUGAAGGUGGUGGAAUACCAAGAAGUGGCCUCCCAAGAAUAUUCACCUAUCUCUACAGUACAGCAGAACACCCACCUGAUCUAGAUGGCCAUAAUGGAGUGACAAUGGCUGGGUAUGGUUAUGGGCUCCCAAUUAGUCGUCUUUAUGCUCGAUAUUUUGGCGGGGAUCUGCAAAUAAUUUCUAUGGAGGGAUAUGGAACUGAUGCUUACCUCCACUUAUCACGUCUGGGAGAUUCAGAGGAACCCUUGCCUUAAGAGAUUCAGAAGGACCCAUUACCUCAUUGGCCUGCUGCUCUGAUAUCAUUGCUGUUAUUAGGAUGAUGUAAUUGUUGGCUAGUAUGCAAAUAUCGUUACCAAGGCCAGCCAUCAAUAUAUGAUUCAGCUGUUCUGCUCUAGUCAAUAUAUGUGGAAUGACACCAUAACCAAGGCUCUAGUUUUUUCUUACCGUCAUUGGAAUUUGGGUAGAAUGACGUUGCAGAACUACUUGUCUAAAAUUGUUUACUAGAGGCAGCUGGUUUCAUUUAAAAUAUGUCACCGUCAACAUAAUCUGAGCAUGUCUGCUACAGAGCUCAAAACGGGAAGUCCUCACAUACUUCCAGUGCGUCUCCUUGGCAUCUUUACUAAAAGAAGGAUUACUGGCAGGAGUUUCCUUUUGCA